AUGUCUUCCACUACCGUCCCCACCAACGACCAGAUCAUGGUCCCUGAGACCCUUCUCAAGAAGCGCAAGUCUCAGGAGAAGGCCCGCGCGGAGCGCACCGCCGCCCAGGAGAAGAAGAAGGCCGGCUCCAAGGAGAAGCGCCAAGUCAUCUUCCAGCGUGCUGAGAAGUAUGUUAAGGAGUAUCGCGAUGCGGAGCGUGAGAAGAUCCGCCUUUCCCGCGCUGCCCGCACGGAUGACUCUGCCUACGUCCCUGCUGAGGCCCGCCUGAUCUUCGUGGUCCGCAUCAAGGGUAUCAACAAGAUUGCCCCCAAGCCCCGCAAGAUCCUCCAGCUCCUGCGUCUCCUUCAGAUCAACAACGGUGUCUUCAUCAAGGUCACCAAGGCCACCACAGAGAUGCUCAAGGUUGUCGAGCCCUGGAUCGCCUACGGCUACCCCAACCUCAAGUCCGUGAAGGAGCUCAUCUACAAGCGCGGCUACGGAAAGGUCAACAAGCAGCGCGUCGCCCUGACCGACAACGCCAUCAUCGAGGAGAACCUCGGCCAGUACGGCAUUGUCUGCAUGGAGGAUCUCAUCCACGAGAUCUACACCGUCGGCCCCAACUUCAAGCAGGCCUCCAACUUCCUCUGGCCCUUCAAGCUCAGCAACCCCAACGGUGGCUUCCGUCCCCGCAAGUUCAAGCACUUCAUCGAGGGUGGUGACCUUGGCAACCGCGAGGAGGCCAUCAACCGUCUCAUCCGCCAGAUGAACUAG